UGGCCAAGUUGGCUCUGCUGGUGUCAGCUUGCCAGACACGGGAUGGCGGGGGACCUGAGCCGAAGCGAGGCCCGCAGCAUGCCGGAGGACCGCCCAAUGCCGCGCGUGCCCGCAGGGCCGCGGCCAAGUGCCCGACGACCGGCUGUGCGGGCAAGACAGCACGAUGUGCCUCAGGCCGCCGUGCGUGGCAGUGGAAGCAGCUCUUGUGCGCGGCCUGAGGCCCCGCCAGUGCAGCUACACCCAGUCGCAUGGGUCCGAGCGCUCCGCGCGGGCCGCGAGGUGCAGGACGUGCAUCAGGAUCCACGCACGCAAGUGCCAGAGGCCGAGCGCGCGAAGGCGCGGGCCGUCGCUGCGCUGCAGCAGCUUUUCUUUGAGGCGCUGAGGCACGGCGAGGACGCCAACGGCGCCGCCGCGAGCGCACUGCGCCGCCUGUUGGAGCCUGGCAGUGCUGCAGAAGGGCCCAAGGCUUGCCACGAUCCCAUAUACGCAAGGGAAGGCCGGGGCAGCGAAGGACCAAUGCAAGGCUGUCGCCACCCUGUGGCGGUCGAGACAUGAAGCCUUCGGCGCGGGGAUGUUCCCACGGGACCAAAGGUCCCCAGCGCUUUGCUUUUCCUGUCUCUAGCUCUCUCGCUUUGUUGAGCCUUGCCUUGCGGCAUGUAACCUCUCUCGUCACU